GAUUCUGUCUUUUUUACUUUAAUCUAUUUUAAAUAUAUUUUGUAAACUCAUCAUUGUUUAGUAAUUAAUUGUUUAAUGAGUAAAUUCUGCUUUCAAAUCGGAUUCAAUACCAGCAGUUAACUCAUAAAUCGGUUAUUUUUUGGUUGUUCCGGAACCCCAUCGCUGGUGGCAACAUACUUUUCCUUUAUCUAUUUUGUUUGGAUGUUUGUGAUUAGUUUAACGUUUAUUUAUCUGACUAGUCGUCUUUACCAUCUCUGAUUUCUCAUGAUGGCUUCAAGCCAUACUGUUGAAAAGAAUGACCAGUUUUUAGAUGGAGAAAACGUAAUUGACUUUGCUCCUACAAUAACAUCAACUCAAUUGGUGAAGCCAAAUACUCCUGCAAAGAAUACCUCAAGCCACAGACGUAAAAGGUUAAGUCGGGUUCUUCAGGAACCAAUAUGCAAUGAAAUAACGAGCUAUUGGCGGACUACUAAACGAAAUCGUGUGGAAUCAAUCAACUCAGAUAAAGGAAUCAUGUUGGAUGAAGAGGAUGGUGACUCGGAUUUCUAUAAUAACGAUGCCCGUUUAGAUAUUGUAUGGGCUGAUGACAAUCCGAAUCGCUGUCGUAAAAAUGUGAUAAAUCUCAAGCCCAUCGAGAAAGUAGCUGAUAAAAAAGAGGUGGAAAAGACUUCUAAUAAAAGUGAAAAUAUGGAAACUUCGGAUGGAAAUCAAGUUGAAAAAGUUGAGCUCGUUCUCAAUAAUUUGAUCAGUUGUUUGCGAGUCGAUCCAACCACCGACAUAAAAUCUCAAUGUGAUAUUAAGUCUCAAGAGGUGAAACAAAAUACUUCUUUUGGAUUAAGUUCUUCACAGCCUGUAGCAAAUAUAAGUGAUAGUCGGCAUUGUGACGGUGAAUCUAAAAACGAUUUAUCUCAUGCAGGUUGCCAGGAAAUACUUGCUAGCUCACUUGAUGAAGAUAUAUUUGACAAUUUUGAUGAUUGCGAUUGGUUGUCCCAAAUACCUGAUGAAGCGCUCUUGCUAGAUGAAAAAGCUUUUGUUGAGAAAGGAGACAAUGGUGUUAUUAGUAAAGCAUUACUUCUUCCCCGUGAAAAUGUCCCUGUUCCCAAAAGAGAAGAUGUUAUACCAAAAUCAAAUAGUCAAUCAACUACUAACGCAAUAAAAACAUCUCACGACUCUGCAAUGCUUGACCAAGAAAACAAAAAUAUUCCUAGUGUUAAGGAAAGGAAAACCAUACCACCGCAAUUGAUUCGUCGGUCGAUAUUGAGCUAUAUCAACGAUAAUAAGCAAGGUGAGCCUAAGAAAUCUGCAGAACGACCUCCAUUAGUGAACAAACCAAAUGCUCUGGGAGAAGUAACCAAUACUUUAGGUAAAACUUUAGUCAAACCAACAAAUUUCGAUAAUAAGCAGAUUCCUGGGCGGACCGGUGAAAUCACAGCUCCAAAUAAGUUUGUUCAGGCACCAGUAGCAGCACUUAAACAAUCAGUACACAAAUCAACGGAAAAACCUCCAUGUGAUAUAAUUAAUUCAAAUCAUAAGGAAGACGAUGAAUUUGAGUUUGAUGACGACGAUGAUGAACUGUUUAAAUCCAUGGAUCUUGACCUACCUAUGGAAACUCAACCAAAUCAAGUCUCUUUACAGCCCAAAGAAGAAUCAAAUCAUAUUCAGGAGGCCGAAACUAAAAUGGAUCAAGACUCUUUUGUAUGGGAUGAAGAUGAAGCUGAUGAUAUAUGCCGAAAAAUAGAUAUAUCCAUUUUUAAUUGACAUGCGAUUAUAUUCCUAUCAUCUACUUCUUUACCAAUCUUAUCUUUUGCAUGAGGAAUUUUCACAUGAGUAUUUCUAUUUUUUAUAGUUUUGAUAAUAUCAAAAAGUAGACAUUUGUCAACACGGAAAUUUGAAGCGAUUGGAAGCUUCAAAAAACCCAAUCAUUAAUUUAUCUAUUCAAAAUUUACAUUUUUACUGCAUUCAUUUCAUUCUGCAUAGAUGAACUCUAAAAUUGAUCAAAUUAUGAAUUUACUUUGUAUGUCCAAUUCAAUUCAUACUUAAUAUAGUCUCGGUAAAUCAAAAAUUAAACUGAAAGUCACGAUCAAUUAGUUUUGAUAAAAUCUUA